UGAAAAAUGACCCAAUUUUGAUUACUAGUUCUGAGCCGUUUUCCACUGGCACAUAUUGAUCGUGUGAGCCACAUUUGCAACAUUCGAUUUUAUCAUUGUGUUUAUGGAAGGCAAUACUAUAGAGCCAAACUUGUUAAACUGGUAAUCAAACAGGGAAAAAGGAAGUCCUGAAUGAUGCCAUCAUUGGAUAAAAUGCGGUCUGUCGUGACCGUGGAGCCUGUACUCUUCCUCUACAUGUUGGCGACUUGGCUCUCCUUCCCCACGUUACAGGGCCUACUCUUCCAGAAAGUCUGUUUGGCAAAAUAUAACAACAGUGGGCUCUGUGACCACAUCAAUGAUGGAAACCACACUACACAAGAGGAUAUUGUCCAGUCCACAACAUCAUCCUAUAUGCUGUACUCGACAGUUUGUUUGACUCUUCCAUCAAUUGUGACUGCAACAUUCAUCGGCUCAUGGAGCGAUAAAUUUAGCCAUAAAAUACCAAUAAUCUUGCCCUCCAUAGGUGCCAUACUUGGAGCAGUGAACUAUAUCAUAUCAUCGUUAUACAUUGAGCUGCCAAUCGGACUAGUCCUGCUUAGUUCCGUGCUGAGUGGCUUAUUUGGCGGUUUUGUCACAUGCAUCCUGACUGUCUUUAGCUACGUCACGACACUCACAGGAACACGUACAAGAACGUAUCGAGUUUCUAUUGUCGAAUCGAUGUCAUUUUUGGGCGGAACAGCUGGACUUUUCAUGAGUGGGGUACUGUUGGACAAUUAUGGAUUCCCAGUGGUGUUUGGAGUAAUUUUGAUCAUUCAUGUUCUAGUGAUUUUGUAUACGCUCAUUUGGGUGAAGGAUAUUCAGACUGAGACUGCCGUUUCACGUGGAGAUAGCAGUUGCUGUAGCUACUUGUUUAAUUUGGAACAUGUGAGACAAUACAUCAAGUGUGUGGUGAAGAGACGCGAAGAUAAUUCUCGGAGAAACAUGUGGCUCGUGAUGACAUCAUUGUUUAUUGGAUUCCUGUGUUUCUCUGGAAUCAAGGAUAUCUCCUACUUGUACGUGAAGCGCUCCCCGUUGAGCUGGUCAAGAACCAUCUAUGGUUACUACCAGGGUUUCCAGAUGGGGUUGACAGCGGUUCUCCUCAUUGUUGGUGCUCCGAUCCUGAAGAUGGUAUUUCACGUCCAUGACACGACCCUCAUCCUGAUGGGGAUCGUAUCAACGAUAGCAUCACAAAUUCUCUAUGCAUUCAGCACCAAGCUUUGGAUGGUGUUUUUGGUUCCGGUGCUUGGCAUAUUCCAUGGAUUCCAGUCGGCUAGUAGCAGAGCACUUGUGUCAACUUUUGUCGAAAGAGGCGAACAAGGAAAACUAUUUGCAUUUGUCGGCUCUGCCGAAAGUCUGACGACACUGUUUGCUAGUCUCAUCUUCAACUCGAUCUACGGACCAUCAUUGAAUUUCUUCCCGGGGUUCUGCUUCAUCCUGUCUGCAGCUCUCAUGUGCAUCUGUGUGACACUCAUCAUUUAUGUGAGAUUUGACCUGCUUGCCGAACGCCAGCAGCCCUACACCACAUUUAUCAACACAGAUGAUGAUCGUGAAGACGCAGACAGGUCCUUAGAAGACAUGAUGGAUGGUGCACGAGAUUCAGCAGAACUUCAGGAACAAGAUAUGCAACUAGCAUUACAGAAUGGAGCAGAAGAAACGUUCAGGAAGAAUUCAAUCUAGUAGAACACUCCAGAGGUUGAUCCAUAACAACAAGUAAAAAAAGACUAUUCUUCAUUCAUUCGGGAUAAUGGUAAUAACUCUCUAUGGUACAAGCAGCUGUAAUGUAGGGGCCGUAUUCAAGAAUUGAUGUGGUCAUAUCUUAUGGAAUGUGAACUUUUGUUAUGACUCUGUGAUGCAGAUUAUUUUGAAAUAACCUCAGUCAUGACUGACGGUUGUGUCACCUUCUUGCAUUUUGUUUAAGCAGAUAUUCGGCCCCCCUAUAUUUGAUUUGCCACAGAAAUAUUUGCCAUAUCCAGUUUUGCCUUUCAAUAAAGGCUUCACUUUGUUACUCUGUUGUUUAAAUGGUGCUCAUAAUGAACAAUUUGACGGUUCUGUUCCUGCUUUGUGAAAAGGUUCAUCUUUGUAUAAAGUUCAUGAUAUACAUGUUUAAGUGUCAUUUGUGCACUCUAUUGAUUGUGAAAUAUGUAUGAUUUUAACAAAAAAGGCAAUUUCUAGGUCAUAUUGCUGGCACGAUCAAGAAGUAUUGAGUACUUGCAAUACUGGUAGAUAGGCUUGCCUAUUAUAUUUUUGAUACUGGGUAUGAUAUGCUGUGGUACAACAUGUUUCAAAGGCAAUCAUUGACCAAUAUGCAAAAUCUUAUUGUUCUUGUAGUACACUAUGCAAGAGUUGUUCUUGUUCCUGUCAAAAGUGUUACGUUGAAAAGCUACUAGAAUUGUUGAAAAAACUUGUUGAAUACGUUUUGUAUGUAAAUACCUGUUAAAGUGAAUCAUCCAAAAACAAAUUGAAGUAUUAACUGUGGGAUUCAGUACCCAAUUCAUUUGAGAUAGAUUAAUGCUGCUCCUUUUUUGUACACGAAAUGUACAUGUGAUACCAGUGAAGUGAUAUUUUGUAUUAAACAAUAAAUCAGU